AUGAUGCUCAACAUCAUUGUAUCCACCACAAUUCUUUCCUUGUCAUCAAUCAAGGACACUGAUGGUACCGGAUUCAUAUUUGACGGGUUCUUCACCAUGGCCUUCUGGACAAAUGUCUACCAGAAUCUCUCAAUCAGUCGCAUCGUUGAGCUGCUGGAUCAACUGUGGAUUGUGAUUCUGUCAACAUCAACAUCCACAUUUGUCUUCGCAAUCAUGAAGCUAAUGAAUUUCGGAACUAUGGUAUUAGCCGAGCAUUUUUAUUACAACCGCGCUCCACCGUAA